UGUGGCCGUGGCCAUUACUUUUUGACAAUCAAUGUGAGAAAAAGAGACAUUUCCAGGGAAAGACAAACAAAAUUCAUGACCGUCUGCCAUGGACUCUACAAUUAACAUCUUAUUUACCAAAACCAGCCACGUUAAUGUCACUCCUUUUUUAAAUCCCUCCCUGUGGAUUACAGCUCAUUUCUCUGUUUUAUCUGGUUGUUUAAUUUCAGCACAUUGCAUAUAAAUUUAAUGGUUAAUGCUGUUGGUCCAGGGUCAAGAACCAACUGAGAAACAGGGAGUUUAAAUCCCAUAGACCCAGAUGUAACACCUCAGCCCCUGUUUUUCAGCCUAUCCCUGACCUAUCUUAAAUUCGGUCUCACCUAACAAAAAUCAGAAACCGUUUUCCAUGAAGAAAACGUUUUCUGUUAGCCAAAAAAGAAAAAAUGAAAAUUUGGUGGUAAUAAAGUGUCCUUCAUUGAAUUAUGAAGGAGCAUAGCUGUAUAUAAUCCCAGUAGGCCUAUUCUUCGGUUGCAUAAGAAGAGAGACAAGAACUAGCAGCGAUGGUGGUGAAGGCUUAUGGGCCGGAAUAUGCUUCAAGUAAGCGUGUAAUUGUUUGCCUGGUCGAGAAAGAGAUUGAAUUUGAGGCUGUUGAUAUCAAUCUCUUCAAAGGCGAAAACAUAAGCCCUGAUUAUCUCAAGUUACAGCCUUUCGGACUUCUUCCUGCCAUACAAGAUGGAGACUACACUUUAUAUGAAUCCAGGGCAAUAAUCAGGUAUUAUGCAGAAAAGUACAGGUCUCAAGGAACUGAACUGUUUGGAAAGACAAUGGAGGAGAAGGGCAAAGUAGAACAAUGGUUAGAAGUGGAAGCACACAAUUUUCAGCCCCCACUUCACACGUUAGUGCUUCAUAUAGUUUUCAGCUCCAAAAUGGGAAUUACACCAGAUCAGAAUGUCAUUCAAGAAAACGAGGUGAAACUGGGGAAAGUUUUGGAUAUCUACGAGGAAAGGCUGUCGACGAGCAAAUACUUGGCUGGAGAUUUCUUCAGCCUGGCUGAUCUUAGCCAUCUUCCAUUUGGUUAUUACCUGCUGAAUGGUGUUGGGAAAGGGUACAUGAUAAGGGACAGGAAACAUGUGAGUGCAUGGUGGGAUGUUAUCAGCAAUAGGCCAUCUUGGAAGAAAGUUGUACAACUCUUUCCUUAUCCAAUUUGAGUUGCAUCAAUAAGCUUUUAAGGCUUCUGAUAAUAAAGAUUUCAGCAUUUUACGUAGUCAGGGUCGAUUACUGUUCGUGCUUUCUUGAAGUCUGCUCUGGUUUCGUUUUGUGUUGUGUUGGGUUGGGUUGGGGGGUGUGCUAUUGAAGUUUGUAAUAUGAAAACCCAAGCAGCCUCCAACUUCUUAUGAUAGCAGUGUUCAUUUUAUACCUUGACAGCAUUUCAAGUUUUGAAAAUUUUGGUGUACAUCUAGUCACUGGCAGAAUAUAAAAUUAAAGAUCAGGUC